GGUGUGUCUCUGUGUGUGUGUGUGUUUCUGCAUGAGUGUGUUUCUGCAUGUGUGUUUACUCUGUUAUUGCCUCCCUCCCUCCAUCUCUCUCUCUCUCUCUGUCUUUCUCUCUGUGUUAGUUUGAAUGUAUACACAGUAAUCUCCUCCUGAUCCUGUCUGAUAGGUGAGCUGCCGUUGCACAGGCAGAGCAGCUUAGGUAGCCAAAGAGCACAGAACUGAGAAGGACAGAAGAGAACAUCACCAACAAAAGAGAGAUAAUGUUUUCCACCAGAGUAAAACAUUAACAAUACACUGAGAAUAAAAAGGAAGGAGAAACACAGGAAAUAAUGGAUUUUCAGAGAAGAGUAAAUGCGGAAUGACCCAGUAGACACUCCGUACUGGUGAGAAUAUAUGGACCUGGGGAUCUAAUGUGGCCUUUGCGGCUCUGGGACGCACAGGAAGUCGCUCUUUUCCUCAGCCUCACAUUGUAUGUGUGCCACCUAGCUGGGGCCAUCUCCAUACAGUCUCCACAGCAGAGUCUGACCAGGCCUGUUCAACAGGAUGUAUUGUUCUCUGUAGACAUCGCCUGUGUUGGGACUCCCACCAUACAGUGGACCUUUAUGUCUGGCAGGGUGAGCAGAGACAUUGGGGCGUGGCAACCUGGGGGGUUUACCAAUGUAUCAGAGGACUACAUGGACAGAGUCCACACAUACACUAAUGGAUCUAUGGGACUGUCGGACCUACGUAUUCAGGACGCCGGCUUCUACGUGAUCACUGUGACUGAACUGUCCGGGAGCAGCAAAGAUGAAGGAUUUGUCUUGAAGGUGGAAGAGGUUCUGUAUGAGGACCUCCAGUACCUGGCAGUGUUUGCUGUAGGGCUGGCCUCCCUGGCUGGCUUUCUCAUGGUCUCCAUGUGGCUCAUGGACAAAGCCUACUGCUGGAUCAAGGCAUGGAGACAGAGGCGGCAGAUGCCAGAGAAUGAUGUAACGGACCUGCAACCUCUCUGAUAUGAAGAUCUAUGAGACAGCCAGAUGACACUGCCCAACAACCAAUCUGAGCUAAAAUUAAAGACUAAUGUUAAGCGUCCACAGCAUGUAAAUAUGACCAGUUUACUGAUUCCAGGAACAGAUGAAGGAUUGUCAACCUUACAUGCCUCAAGACUAGCUGCAUGUAUUAUUUUACUGUACACAUAACAGCUGAUAUUAGUCCAUGCUAUUUUAUGUAAGGAAACACACUGACAAGCGGAAACAAAUAAUAUAUUUAUUUUCACA